AUAAAGCCGGGACGCGGGCGCCUGCCUAAAACAGCAACGUACUAAACGCCGCCGGCACGGCCCCACCGGUCCAGCUGAGUAGAUCACCACCUGUGCAUCGUUCAUCGCUCACUCACGCACUUCCCCCGCGGCGCCGAGCGACCGGCGCGGAAAUGGCGGAGGCGGAGGAGUGGGAGAGGCGGAAGAGGGGGAGGAGGAGGCGGCGGCGGGGCAGGAGGGAGAGCGACGGCAGCGACCCCGUGGAGGUGCUGGGGGAGGAGGUGAUGGGGCUGGUGAUGGAGCUCCUGGACGCGCGCAGCGCCGCACGAUGCACGGCGGUCUCCCGCGCCUGGUUCGGGGUCGCCGCCGACAACCGCCUCUGGGCACCCAAGUGUGCUGAACUGAUGGCCGGAAAGGCACAUAUUCCUCGUCUGACAAUGAUCCGUACUGCAUCAAAGUUGUCUACGUAUUCAAUGGCCAUCAUGGAUGGCAAGCGGAAUCGGAUCACAAAAGAGGAUCUCUGUGAUCAUGCAUGGGAAUAUCGUUUCACUAUUGCAGCACCAGAGUACUGGAGGAAUCUCGAUCCGUCCUGGAAGCGCACUGGUCCACCCAUGCGACGAUACUUCCACCAUGAUGGUUACCACAGUGCAGAUCCUCAUGACGCUGUCUGGGGUGGCCAUGAGUGUGAGUACACGAUCAUAACAAGCUUUGUCGGUGAUGGAAGAAUCAGAGAUCAUUAUGUGAGGAUCAACCGGUGGCCACCGAUGAAAGUGUCGAGAAAGGAAGAUUGGAGCUGGGAGCUAUCCAACCACCUCUACCGCUACAACAGCAUCCCUGAUGCUGAAAAGGAAGGAUGUACAGGUCCGCUCUUCCCGGUUUGGUGAGUUCACUUCUAUGGUAGCAGAUCGGUCCGUCUGCGGUGUGAUCCUGCAAUCUUCUGGUCGUCGAAAUCAAGCCUUGAUCUUCCAUCUCGUUGAAUGUUGCAGCAGGAGACUUUGUUUUGCAGCAAUUAAUGAGCUAUGAACUUUUGUGGAUGUACUUAGUUCUUUUAGAGAGAAUGGAUAACUUAGCUAAGCUCAGGUGUGUGAGCUAACAUGUAUGGUAAUACAGUAGUUGCAGCUAGCCUAUGAUGAUACUAUGUGUUCGUCUCGGUAGUUUGGUCUUUUGUCACGUAGUAUGUGAUCUGUAAAAUACCCUGAACUACUAGAAAUGGUAUGGUGUGUGUAAACC